UAUGUUCCCUAUAAAAUGGGGUAUGUUAAAGACAAACCAAAACUCACAUUUGUUUAUUACAAAAAAGAAGAGACUCACAAUUGUCUUCCCGGAAGAGAGAUGAAAAUGGGGUCUCAUGUCGCUCUUAACGCACAAAAACCACACGUAGUUUGCGUUCCCUAUCCGUCUCAAGGCCACAUCAACCCUAUGAUGAAAGUGGCUAAACUCCUCCACGCUAGAGGCUUCCACGUCACCUUCGUCAACACCGUCUACAACCACAACCGUUUCCUCCGUUCUCAUGGGUCUAUUUCCCUAGACGGGCUUCAUUCGUUUCGGUUUGAGUCCAUUCCUGACGGUCUACCGGAGACCGACAUGGACACCACGCAGGACAUAACAGCCCUUUGCGAGUCCACCAUGAAGAACUGUCUCGUUCCGUUCCAGGAGCUUCUCCAACGGAUCAAUGCUAGAGAUGAUGUUCCCCCCGUGAGCUGUAUUGUAUCCGACGGUGUUAUGAGCUUUACGCUUGAUGCUGCGGAGGAGCUUGGAGUCCCGGAGGUUCUUUUUUGGACAACCAGUGGUUGUGCGUUCUUGACUUAUUUACACUUUUAUCUCUUCAUCGAGAAGGGUAUAACUCCGCUAAAAGAUGAGAGUUACCUAACGAAGGAGCAUUUAGACAUGGUUAUAGAUUUUAUACCGACUAUGACGAAUCUAAAACUAAAGGAUAUUCCUAGCUUCGUACGUACCACAGAUCCUGAUGAUUUUAUGCUCAAAUUCGCCUGCCGCGAGACCGAGCGAUCCAAACGUGCUUCUGCUAUCAUUCUGAACACAUUUGAUGACCUUGAGCAUGGCGUUAUCCAGGCUAUGCAAUCUAUUUUACCUCCGGUUUAUGCAGUUGGACCGCUUCACCUCUUAGCAAACCGGAAGAUUGAGGAAGGUAGUGAGGCUGGAAUGAUGAAUUCAAGUUUAUGGAAAGAGGAGAUGGAGUGUUUGGGAUGGCUUGAUACUAAGCCUCAAAACAGUGUCAUUUAUAUUAACUUUGGGAGCAUAACGGUUUUGAGUGCGGAGCAGCUUGUGGAGGUUGCUUGGGGUUUGGCAGGAAGUGAGAAAGAGUUUUUAUGGGUGAUCCGGCCGGAUUUAGUAGCCGGAGAGGAGGCGAUGGUUCCACCAGAGUUUUUAACUGAGACUGUAAACCGGAGAUUGUUAGCGGGUUGGUGUCCUCAGGAGAAAGUUCUUUCCCAUCCAGCGGUUGGAGGGUUCUUGACGCAUUGCGGAUGGAACUCGAUAUUGGAAAGUCUUUCAUGUGGAGUUCCUAUGGUGUGUUGGCCAUUUUUCGCAGACCAGCAAAUGAAUUGUAAGUUUUGUUGUGACGAGUGGGAGGUUGGGAUCGAGACAGGUGGAGAUGUGAAGAGAGAUGAGGUUGAGGCGGUGGUUAGAGAGGUCAUGGAUGGAGAAAAGGGAAAGAAGAUGAGAGAGAAGGCGGUAGAGUGGCGGCGCUUGGCAGAGGAAGCGACAGAACAUAAAGUUGGCUCCUCAAUUGUGAACUUUGAGAUGGUUGUCAGCAAGUUUCUUUUGGGUAAAAAAUCACAGGAUUAAACUGUUUGUAAUGAUCACCAAGUAAGUGUUUUUUCUUGUUUCUGUCAUGUGUUUUAUUUUAUAAGAUGUUAUGGAAUUUCUUCUUUAUGUUUCACUUUAUUUUAUAGUUUUUUGUGUUUUUUUUUGUCAAACUAGUUUUUUUUUCUUUUUUCUUAUAUUUUAUAUAUUAAAUUAUGUGUUUUAGUUGAUUCAUGGUAUAAAUUUAAAUGGUGGAGUAACA